AGGAAACAUGUUUGUGCCCACAAUAUUAAUUGCUAAAGAUAUUGUUUUGAGUUAUAUUUAUAUUGUGUGAAGGUUUAAAGGUUAUAUAUUUACAACUCGACGUAUUACUGGUGUUAUUCCGCUUAAUAUAAACAGCUAGCGUUGCAGCGGCAGAGUGGAUGUGACGACAGACUAGUGGGGACGUGUGGUGCCGAGUAUUCAGAGGAACAAUGGAUUGUCGGCGGAGAGCUUGAAGGCGAAUAGUGGAACGGAUGUACUUUCUCGGAAUGUUACCGAAUGGUUACAUCAACAGCGUCACAUCAGUGACUGGACAAGAAAGGAAGCCUCAUUGACAGACCCAUAAAUCUCAGCAAACAAUGUGCGUCAUAUUCUGAUAAGACAGAGCUUGAGAGUGCACCGACUGCAUCACGUGGCCAGUGUUACGGCUUGUAAUAUGAUGUAAAGUACUUCUGGAACAUAUACAGACAGUUCAUGCUCUGUAUUCAUAAGGAACUGUCAUUGUCUGUCAGACCCUUCGCAUAACCUCCUAUGGUGUCAUCUGCCAGUGUUGCAGCGUUACGAGGUCGACUCCGUGUGAUUUGAAAACAAUUUCACUGAAUGGGGACAUGGGGAUAGUUGACAGACUUAGUUGCGAUGUAUUGGUGUAUCUAUAUCUGCACUGACUUACGUUGACUUGUGUAGCUCUUGUCUUCGGAAGACGAACAGAAGCAGGAGGGAGCUAAGGAAUAAGGAAAAGGAUAAGGAUUUGUGAAUAGUUACGCUUGGCGAGAACAUAAUAGACAUAAUCCUUGUGUUGGAAGUGGUGUGAUUGAAUAGGGAAUUCUGACAAAAACACAAUAUAACUAUCGUGUCGAUUCCGUUUGACUUAUCAAGUAAGGUGCCGCCCUGUUUGGAGUGAUCACUCGGACAUUAUUCGUCUAUACUUAAUCAAAUAACCAAAAUGACCUCUCCGGAGCCCGAAAGCGAGUAUUCCUCUACUCCGGAACCGGAAUCUGAAACAACGUCGGAACCGGAAUCAGUGUCAGAAUACAUAAGUUCUUCACCAGAACCCGAGUCUGAAUAUCUCAGUCCGGAACCAGAGUACAAUUCCACAUCUGAACCUUUGUCGGAAUAUCUGACCCCGGAACCAGAAUACAAUUCCACAUCUGAACCUUUGUCGGAAUAUCUCAGUCCGGAACCAGAGUACAGUUCCACAUCUGAACCUUUGUCGGAAUAUCUGAGCCCGGAACCAGAAUACAAUUCCACAUCUGAACCUUUGUCGGAAUAUCUGACCCCGGAACCAGAAUACAAUUCCACAUCUGAACCUUUGUCGGAAUAUCUGAGCCCUGAACCAGAAUACAAUGUCUCAUCGGAACCAUUCUCGGAGCUUUUCCGUCCUGAACCAGAAUUUAACUCGACGUCAGAACCGUUUUCUGAAUUCUAUUCACCAGAAUCAGAGUUCACCAUUCCAGAAUCAGAACUGACCAGUCCCGAACCUUACACCGAACCAGUAGCUGAGGCAGAAGGAUGGCCCGAACCGGGCCCGAACUGGCAACAGUCAUACCAGGAUUGGGGCGAGGCAUGGCCUCUGCAUGUAUACAUCUUCGGACUCAUGUACAUUCUUCUGAUGUUAUUCGGGAUUCUCCUAAUCUCCGCGAUGUUCGCGGGUAACAAGGGUCAGCGUAGAAGCAAGACAACCAUAGCUCUGAAUGCGAUGAUCAGUUUCUUUGGAGGAACUCGAGCACUGACUCUAUUCAUGGACCCUUAUUCUUCUACGAAAUCAGUCCCUUUCCUCCUUUCACACAUGCUUUGGUCAGUGGGAUUUCCUGGACUGACCGCGUCGUUUAGUAUAGUGCUCCUCAUCCUGUUAGACACUACAAAGAUGGACAUCGCUCCCCCGAAAUUUCAGAAGCUCAGCAACAUCAUCCUCAUCACCACCCUCCACCUCAUGAUCGUAUCCGUCGUUGACGUCCUCGUCAUGUUUUUCGGCGCCCAGGUCAAGGCUCUUCUUGUUUUCUGUCAGAUUCUGUUCGUCAUCUAUGGCCUGGUCCUGGCUAUAGGAUUCACCUAUGCAGGUUACAUGAUCAAGAGGAAUCUCAGCGCGUCUGAUGGAGUUAAAGACGAACAGACCCUGCGACUUCUGCGACUGACCAAGACAAUCUACAUCUCCGCCUUCAUCUCUUUCUCCAUCUGUGUCACUAACCUCUACUCCGCCGUCUCCGACUUUGGCGUCUUCAGCACCAAGAACUUCGUCGAGUCAUGGCCGUGGUGGGGGUUGCAAACAGUCCUCAGGUUGGAGGAGAUAGCGGCAUCCCUGGUGGUGCUGACCAUCUUCAUAAAGACUUCGCCGACGAAGACACUCAUUGGCUACUUCUCCCAUCUGUGUCCCAGGAAGUCCAACAGCAUCAACACUUCUCCACAUGGGAAGGAGAUCUCCGAUCCCCAGUGGACGGAGACGACCACACAUGCACCGAAAAACGUGGCCUGGGUAUCGACAACAGAUACUCAUCGACUUCGCGACGAGAAUUGUUGAGUCCACAUCUGAGUUGGUAUCUUAUGUUGGUCAUCUUCCCGAGACAAAUGCGUUAACUUACUGUAAAAGUCCAGUUUCCACCAUUGCCGAACAAGGUUGAAAUUCCGGAGUUACAUUUUGGCUAGACUAACAAGUCCAUGCAUCGUCCAAUCAAAAUCGCGUGACGCACAAGACAUCCGGUUCGUAAACAACAUGGAUCUCAACGUGCAGAUCUCGGUCGACUGAAAGAUGUGCAGAGCAUGUAUACCGCCAAAUGGGCGUUGACAGAUGUUUUGCAAAUCUUUUCAUGUUUUUAAUCAAGGUGCUUAAGUGAUUUGAUGGACUUCGUUAGAUAAGGCCCGUUUCAUUAAAAUAUAGAUCUCCAUAAUAAUAUCAGAUCGUCUUGACUGGGCGCCGCCAUUUUGUUUGAAGCAUUUGCAAGCGAUAUGAGAAUCGGUAUCUGAUUGGUCAGUAGGAGGGACAUAGGAGGGACAUAAGUCUGGUAAUAGCCACUGGUGGCGCUACGAUCGAGCCUGGAAAUUCCAGCCUAGUUCGGCAAGGGUAGAAACUGGACUUUUAUAGUUAACGCCUUUGCCACGGCAAGAUGUAUGUUGGUAUGUUUGGAGAUUAGAUUUAUAUCCACGAACACACUCAUAUUCCUUCCUACGUCAGCCACAAUCUAGUUAAGUUAUAAUUUUCCUAUUCUGAUGCGCCACCCCUCUGUGUAAUGAUCUGACGAACCAUAUGAGGUCGUGUUCGGUGAACUUUCUGAUCAACCAUACUACGCCGAGCAUUCUACAUUCUCGACACGAACGAGCAGACCACACAGAGCAGCACGUCAUAUAUCUGUUUCUCAAGAACGAACAUGAAAGGUCAGAACCGAAUGGACAUAAUUAAGGCCGCGCUAUGAUAUAUUGUUAAUAUUACAUACACCCUGUCGUAUCUGAGCGCUAUGACAACUACAACCAAAGUUGUAUACUAUCAAAGGAAUAUUUUAGAUUUUGUGUUGUGUGGGGGUUUUCAUAAACGGAAAUUCUGAUAGGAAGUGGUACAGAAAUGAAACUGAAAUAAAAAAGCUGACAUAUGCUUGGCUCAAGAACCCACUUAUCUUCCACGUAGAUUGAGCGGUCAAAUUCGCGCAGUGUUAAAGAGCAGGGCCUUUGGUGGAUGAUUUCUCAGAUAUCUCAGUUUUGAUAUCGGAGCAAAAUAUUUCAUGUUAAUGAGAAUGCGACAACCGUAGCGCCACGAUUGGUUUAUGACUAUCAGAACUAUAAGCAGUGUCAAGCCUACCUUCGAGAAGAGUAAUGCUAAGUGGGUGAUUUUUGCCGAUGAGAUGUAUAUUUUGUAGGACCGGUGUGCUACAGGGACGUACCAGAAAGCUACUCUAAUUCUGUCCCAAAACCACCAACAGCAUUAUGUGCUCACACGGGCAGGGUGUGCCUAGAUAGAUUCAUGUUUAGGUGAUUAAUAUCUGUUGCACAUGCAUGUUAUCAGCACACCCCAGUACGGGUUUGUGACGAAUCUUGAUCAUGAAUGUAAAUAUGUUUCCGUCAGUUAAUUCACACAAAUUACACCUGGGUUGACAGCUAUGUCUAUUGGUCGGGCGUUGGUGACAAAUGUUAUUCCAUC